AUGAUGCUGCUCCUGCAAUCCUCUGGUUCUCUGCUUCUGGAGUCCAAAAUCAAUCCUAACACUGCGUACCAGAAACAGCAGGAUACUUUGAUUGUGUGGUCUGAAGCAGAAAACUAUGACUUGGCCCUUAGCUUUCAAGAAAAAGCUGGAUGUGAUGAAAUUUGGGAAAAAAUAUGUCAGGUUCAAGGAAAAGACCCUUCAGUGGACAUCACUCAGGACCUUGUGGAUGAAUCGGAAGAGGAGCGGUUUGAUGAUAUGUCAUCACCAGGCUUAGAAUUGCCAUCCUGUGAAUUAAGUCGCCUUGAGGAGAUUGCAGAACUGGUGGCGUCAUCUUUACCUUCUCCCCUUCGACGUGAAAAACUUGCACUAGCACUGGAAAAUGAGGGUUAUAUUAAAAAGCUCUUGGAGCUUUUUCAUGUAUGUGAGGAUUUGGAAAAUAUUGAAGGACUGCACCACUUGUAUGAAAUUAUCAAAGGCAUCUUCCUCUUGAAUCGAACUGCUCUCUUUGAAGUUAUGUUCUCUGAGGAAUGUAUAAUGGACGUCAUUGGAUGCUUAGAAUAUGAUCCUGCUUUAUCACAGCCACGAAAACACAGGGAGUUUCUAACAAAAACAGCCAAGUUUAAAGAAGUGAUUCCCAUAUCAGAUCCUGAGCUAAAACAAAAAAUUCAUCAGACUUACAGAGUCCAGUAUAUACAAGACAUGGUUCUACCUACCCCUUCGGUCUUUGAAGAAAAUAUGUUAUCAACACUUCAUUCCUUCAUCUUUUUCAAUAAAGUAGAAAUUGUUGGUAUGCUACAGGAAGAUGAAAAAUUUCUAACAGAUUUGUUUGCACAACUAACAGAUGAAGCAACAGAUGAGGAGAAAAGACAGGAAUUGGUUAACUUUUUAAAAGAAUUUUGUGCGUUUUCCCAAACGCUACAGCCUCAAAACAGAGACGCUUUUUUUAAGACUUUGUCAAACAUGGGCAUUUUACCAGCAUUAGAAGUCAUCCUCCCAUCCAUGGUACGAGAGUUUGUCAUGCAGGAGGCACAACAGAAUGAUGAUGAUAUUCUGCUCAUCAACCUCAUUAUAGAACAUAUGAUUUGUGAUACAGAUCCUGAACUCGGAGGAGCAGUGCAACUUAUGGGCCUGCUUCGAACUUUAGUUGACCCAGAGAACAUGCUAGCCACUGCCAAUAAAACAGAAAAGACUGAGUUUCUGGGUUUCUUCUACAAGCACUGUAUGCAUGUUCUCACUGCUCCCUUGCUGGCAAACACCACAGAAGAGAAGCCCAGUAAAGAUGAUUUUCAGACUGCCCAGUUAUUGGCACUUGUAUUGGAAUUAUUAACAUUUUGUGUGGAACACCAUACCUACCACAUAAAAAACUACAUUAUUAAUAAAGAUAUCCUCCGGAGAGUCCUAGUUCUUAUGGCGUCAAAGCAUGCUUUCUUGGCAUUAUGUGCCCUUCGUUUCAAGAGAAAGAUUAUUGGAUUAAAAGAUGAGUUUUAUAAUCGCUACAUAAUGAAAAGCUUUUUAUUUGAACCAGUGGUGAAAGCAUUUCUCAACAAUGGAUCUCGCUACAACCUGAUGAACUCUGCCAUAAUAGAGAUGUUUGAAUUUAUUAGAGUGGAAGACAUAAAAUCAUUAACUGCUCAUGUAAUUGAAAAUUACUGGAAAGCACUGGAAGAUGUAGAUUAUGUGCAGACAUUUAAAGGAUUGAAACAAAGUGAAGAAAAGGAGGUGCUUCUGAAAACGAAUCUCUCGGGUCGGCAGAGCCCAAGUUUCAAGCUUUCCCUCUCUAGUGGGACAAAGUCUAAUCUCAGCAGCCAGUCAUCUGCAACAGCCCUGCCUGGAUCUCCGGGCUCCCCUGGCUCUCCGGGCUCCCCUGGCUCUCCUGGAUCUGUCCCCAAAAAUACAUCUCAGACGGCAGCUAUCACCACCAAGGGAGGCCUCGUGGGUCUGGUAGAUUAUCCUGAUGAUGAUGAAGAUGAUGAUGAGGAUGAAGACAAGGAAGACACGCUACCACUGUCAAAGAAAGCAAAGUUUGAGUCAUAAUAAUGGCUGUGUUCAAGUACCUGUUGAAAAAACUGGUUCUUCACCCCUUCUCCCUACAAAACCCACAACAAAGCAGUGGUUUUUUGUGAAUGACUGUCACAGAUCAGCCGUGUACACUUGACUUCUGCUCAUCAAGUGCCAAUUCAUUGGAGCAGGAGGAGGGGGAUAGUCUACACGAGGGGAAGAUUUAAGCCUCUGAGCUCUCCAGCUUGGACCACACAUUGCCCUUUUCUCAGGGAAGGAAAUGGAAACAAAAAGCCAACAGGGCAGGGGUUUUGUAAGUGGAACUCUGGAUUGACUGGUCAGUUGCUGCAAUCAGAACAUGCUUUCUUGGACCAUGUUUGAGACUCAGAAGAAUGGCUUUUCUGCCACGAUUCUUCAAGAGUUAAAGAAUGCCAGCAGUUUCUUUAUAUAAAGAGACCUGCCUUUAAAACCAUACAUUCUGAACAUUUUAGUCACGCUACAACUGGUUUGGAAAACCUCUGUGGGGGAGGGGCGAGCAUAAAGUUUCCUCUUUUUUAUCUGUUCCCUUGGCCCUUCAAACUGCAGAUUUUUUUUUUUUAAGUGGGGAUUUGUCCCGACUUGAUUAAAGAUUGAAUGGAAUUCUAGAUGUGGUCAUUUGUGUCAUAUUUUGGUUUUUGUUUCAUCGUGUUGGGGAUUUUUUCCCUCCCUGAGUGUAUGCAUAGUUGUCAAGUAUAUAUAUUUGGGACCAUUAAAACUUUUUUGAUGUAA